AUGAUGGCGUUGAAAUCCGCAAUCCGCAAUCUGCGGAAUAACCCUCAUGUCCUAUUCGUUCGGCUCCCUAAACUGCUCUCCCUCCUCUGCAUCGUGGUCGGUGUCGCCUGGCUACUUCUCCUACCUCUAAACGAAUACUCCCGCCGUACCUACAUCUCCGAGAAUGCGCUACUGCCAGGACAGGUCCAUGCAUACUUCACAGGCAGCGAGCAGAACAUCUUCCGAGGAUACAAAAAUGAACUGGAAGGGAUUCUGAACGAUGAGUCAAAAGACAAGGCGGAAGUGACCGCUGGGGUCUCAGAUAAGGUGCAGUCCAUCUUCGAGGAGGCUGGACUCAAGUUCGCCCGACAGAAAUAUGAGUAUAAGUCUGCUGGAGUCACACAUCAGGGCGAGAACUCCUAUGCUAUCAUCCAUGCGCCGCGCGGUGACGCCACAGAGGCAAUUGUGUUGGUUGCGCCGUGGCUGACGGCUGACGACAAGCGGAACUUGAAUGGUGUCACUCUGGCCCUGACGUUGGCUAGAUACUUCAAGAGGUGGUCGUUGUGGUCCAAGGAUAUCAUCUUCUUGAUUACCCCCGACAGCAAGACCGGCACUCAAGCAUGGAUUGAUGCAUACCACGAUAUGCAUCCAGCUUCAGUGCAACCGCUGCCAUUGAAGAGUGGAGCUUUGCAAGGCGCUUUGGUCAUCGAGUACCCCCUCGAACAUCGGUUCCAGACGUUGCACAUUGUCUACGAUGGAGUCAAUGGCCAACUUCCCAAUCUCGACCUCUUCAACACUGCAGUAGCGAUCGCAGGUGGACAGAUGGGCAUUGGUGCUAACCUGCAGGAAAUGUGGAACCAUGAUGACAGCUACGAGCACCGUCUACAGACCAUGUUCCGCGGCAUGACCAAGCAAGGCCUUGGAUAUGCCACCGGUGCACACAGCAGCUUCAUGCCCUACCACAUUGACGCUAUUACUCUACAAACCAAGGGCGAAGGAUGGGAAGACGAAAUGGCCCUCGGCCGGACAAUCGAGUCUCUUUGCCGCAGUUUGAACAACCUGCUGGAACACCUGCACCAGAGUUUCUUCUUCUACUUGCUCAUGCAGUCAAAUCGAUUCGUCAGCAUUGGAACCUAUUUGCCUAGCGCCAUGUUGUUGGCUGGAAACUUCACCAUCAUGGCAAUUGCGCUGUGGAUGCGCACUGGUUAUUACCCCGAAACCAAACCCAUCAAGCCUAAGGGCGAAAAAGCAUCUGCGGAAGAAAAGGCAAAGCCAAGCAACAUCGCGGAGCGAAGACUAGCUCUUCCUCUGUCUCUUGUUGCUGGACUUCAUUUGCUCGGUCUUGUUCCCCUAUGGGUCUUUAACAACAUCAACCACCAGUACUUUACAACGAUUACCUAUAUUGUGCUUGGCGUGAAUGUACUUCUCCCACUUUCGCUCGCCGCAAUCCUAGCAAACGGCUUGGGUGUAUCAAAGCCCCUCAUCCCCCAACAAUACCACCUCAUCAAAUCCUUCUCCCUUCUUCUCCUUGGGCUCUCACUCUCAACCCUUGCCACCCUCAACUUUUCACUUUCAUUCUUGAUCGGUCUCCUCUGCACGCCACUCAGCUUCGUGACCCGGCUACAAGGGCCUGCGCCUGCUCGCCUCGCCACUUCUGGCCUAGGCCUGGUUCUCCUCAACCUGCUAUCCCCGCCGACUGUCCUCCUCGGUGUUUGCUGGUACACCGGAAUCUCCGUCGAAAUGGUACUCACCGAGGCGGCCUUCGGUUGGGAUGUCUGGGGAAUGUGGACACAGGUCGUAGUGUGGUGUGUGUGGUGGCCUGCUUGGUUGAUUGGCAGUGUCCUGCUUGGAUCCUCGAUCUUCUGA